UAAGAACAGCUUUACUAGCAAUCAUUGGAUUUAUGCCAACCAAAGGUGAAGGAGCAAUAGGAUCUCUAGAUUAUACACCAGAAGAAAGAAGAGCUCUUGCAAAGAAGUCACAAGACUUCUGUUGUGAAAUGUGUGGAACAUCUAUGAAGACAGCCCUCUUACCACUAACAUCCAGAAGUGUGUCAAGCCAGGCGGACAAGGAGGCUAAAGAACUUGCCAAACAAAUUAGCUUCAAGGCAGAAGUCAAUUCAUCCAGGAAGUCUGAUGCUGGACCCUCAAACACAUCAGGAUUGAACCACCCUGCUACUUCAAGUGAGCCCCAGCAGGACAGUGCAGCUAGAGCAUUCCAGGAUCCAGCAAGUGCAACGUCUGAAACUCCAAAUAGCAGUGCAGCGGCCAGCCCAGAGCGUACCCCGCCUGUGUCCACUAACACGUCUAUGAGUCCUCGUCAGCGCCGUGCCCAGCAGCAGAAUCAGAGACGGCCUCCAUCAUCAACCGACUUUAACCGGGUACAGCAACCAAGAGUCAACAUGAACCACACUGGAUCAACUGUUCUGAUUGUCCUUCUGACUUUUGCAUUGGCAGCUCUUAUAUUUCGUAGAAUAUGUUUGGCUAAUGAGUAUGUAUUUGAGUUAUAA